GAAGGAUUUCGAUUUUUGCUGUUUGUGAAGAUACCACCAUUAUUCCUGUACUUAUCAGUGUUCUACCCAAUUACAGGUUCCAUGAGAAUGGUUCAAGCUGUUGUACCACACAUGGCAUCUAGGAAAAAAGGGAAGAUUGUGAACAUUGGGAGUGUUACUGUAAUGGCUCCUGGACCGUGGAGUGGUGUCUACACUUCUUCUAAAGCUGCUCUUCAUGCACUAACUGAUACUUUGAGAUUGGAACUCAGACAUUUCGGGAUUGAUGUCAUCAAUGUUGUUCCUGGAGGUAUAAGGUCAAACAUUGCUAAUUCUGCCAUAGCCACCUACAACCGGAUGCCUGAAUGGAAGUUAUUUAAACCAUUUGAAGCUGCUAUCCGAGAGAGAGCACAUUUUUCACAAAACAAUAGGUCAACCCCAACCGAUGUGUUUGCAAAGAAUACUGUAACUGCAGUGCUGAAAAGGAACCCACCAGCGUGGUACUCAUCCGGUGCUUAUUCCACGAUAAUGGCAGUCAUGUACCAUUUACCGCUUUUUGUUAGAGAUUUCAUCAUUAGACUAGCUAUGAAAGGCUGAGUUCUACAUCUACUUAGGAACAUGCCUCCUUGUUCUUUAUUUUGUGGAUAUUUUCUAUAGCUUUACAUGCUGCUCUUGUGAGACUCGUAUGAAAGUAUUUCGAUCUAUUUUUUUAAUAAAGGAUCUGUAAGGAG